AUGAUGCAGCUUCAGUUUUCGUUUUUAUUAAUAGCUAUUACAUCACUAUUCCAUCUAGUGGUGGCUACGCCCUACGAGGCAUAUCCUAUUGGGAAGCAGUAUCCUCCGGUGGCAAGAGUCAACGAAUCGUUUACAUUUCAAAUUUCCAAUGAUACCUAUAAGUCUUCCGUAGACAAAACAGCCCAAAUAGCAUACAAUUGCUUCAACUUGCCGGAUUGGCUUUCCUUCGAUGCCAGUUCAAGAACUUUCUCUGGCGAGCCUUCCUCCGACUUACUAUCUGACGCGAACACUACACUGUAUUUUAGCGUAAUCCUGGAAGGUACGGACUCCGCCGAUAGCUUGUCUUUGAACAAUACGUACCAAUUAGUUGUCACAAACCGUCCAUCCAUCUCAUUGUCGUCUGAUUUCAACCUACUGGCAUUGCUGAAAAACUAUGGUUAUACAAAUGGCAAAAACGCCUUGAAACUGGAUCCUAAUGAGGUCUUUAAUGUGACUUUCGACCGUUCAAUGUUCACCAACGAAAUUUCCAUUGUUUCAUACUAUGGCCGUUCUGAAUGGUAUAAUGCCCCUUUACCCAACUGGCUGUUCUUCGACUCUGAUGAGUUGAAGUUCACUGGUACUGCACCCGUGAUAAAUUCGGCAAUUGCCCCGGAGACAAGUUACAGUUUUGUCAUCAUUGCUACGGAUAUUGAAGGGUUUUCUGCCGUUGAAGUGGAAUUUGAGUUGGUCAUUGGUGCUCACCAGUUAACUACCUCCAUUCAAAAUAGUUUGAUUAUUAACGUCACCGACACUGGUAAUGUUUCGUAUGAAUUACCUAUUAACUAUGUUUAUUUUGAUAACGACCCCAUCACUUCUGAUAAACUGGGCUCUAUAAACUUACUCGAUGCUCCUGAUUGGGUUUCGUUGGACAAUGACACAAUUUCAGGUUCUGUCCCAAGCAACUUGCUGGGUAAAGACUCCAAUCCCGCCAAUUUUUCUGUAUCGAUUUAUGACAUUUUUGGUGAUGUGGUUUAUCUCAAUUUUGAAGUGGUCUCCACAACAGAUUUAUUUGCCAUUAGUUCUCUGCCCAAUAUUAACGCCACAAGGGGCGAAUGGUUUACCUACUAUUUUUUGCCUUCUCAGUUUACAAACUAUGUGAAUACAAAUGUUUCACUGGAGUUCACUAAUUCGAGCCAAAAUCACGAUUGGCUAAAUUUUCACUCUGCUAACCUAACCUUGGCAGGUCAAGUGCCUAAGGACUUCGACAAGCUUUCAUUGGGCUUGAAGGCAAAUCAAGGCACCCAAUCUCAAGAAUUAGAUUUUAACAUAAUUGGCAUGGAUUCAAAGACAAAUCACUCAAAUCAUAGUGCAAAUGCUACGUCCACAAGAAGCUCUCGCCGUUCUACUUCAACAAGCUCUUACAUAACUUCUACUCAAACUCAAACUCAAACCACUUCCACUACGUCUGCUGCUACUUCUUCUUCUUCAGUAGUAGUACCUACAGCAAAUAAAACUUCCUCUAAUAAUAAAAGGGUAGUAGCAAUCGCAUGCGGUAUAGCAAUUCCUUUAGGCGUAAUUAUUAUAGCCGUCAUUUGCUUCUUAGUGUUUUGGAGACGUAGAAAGGAAAGUUCCGAUGAUGAAAAAUCACCACAUGGUAUUAGUGGACCUGAUUUGGAUAAUCCUGCCAACAAGCCCAACCAAGAAAAUGCUACACCUUUGAAUAAUCCAUUUGAUGAUGACGCUUCCUCUUAUGAUGAUACUUCUAUAGCAAGAAGAUUGGCCGCUUUAAACACAUUGAAAUUGGAUAAUAGUUCCAUGUCUGAAUCUGAUAUUUCCAGCAUGGAUGAAAAGAGAAAUUCAUUAUCAGGUAUGAAUAUGUACACUGACGAAUUCCAAUCCCAAAGUAAAGAGGAGCUGCUUGUAAAACCGCCAGCACAAUCUGCGGAAAGCCCGUUCUUUGAUCCACAGAACAGAUCUUCUUCUGUGUACAUGGAUAGUGAGCCAGCCGUGAUCAAGUCCUGGAGGUACACUGGUGAUCUACCAGCAGUUUCUGACGCUGUCAGAGACAGCUAUGGAUCACAACAAACCGUGGACACAGAAAAACUAUUUGAUUUAGAAGCCCCACAGAGACAAAUGCGAACAUCAAGAGAUGCCACCAUGUCCUCGUUGGACCCUUGGAACACCGAUGUCAAUGCUUCUUCAACAAAGAAUUCAAUAACACCAUCGCCACAAAACGCGACAAAGAACGAUAAUCUUCACUUACCAACUCUGCGAAAUUCUCAAUAUGGAACAAAGGGAAUAACGCCAACAACAGUGUCAACUUCAUCUUCUGAUGAUUUUGUUCCAGUUAAAGAUGGUGAAAAUUUUUGCUGGGUCCAUAGUACGGAACCAGAUAGAAGACCAAGUAAAAAAAGGUUAGUUGAUUUCUCAAACAAGAGUAAUGUUGAUAUUGGUCAAGUUAAGGACAUUCACGGGCGCAUCCCAGAAAUGCUAUGA